AUGCCUCCGCAAGAAAAGCGAGUGCGUGCCCAGGAAGAGCCAAAUUCCGAGGUAAAACAAUCAGGGACUGUGCACAGGGAUGCACUGUAUGCGCCAUUCCGUGCGCUGGGGUACAUCACCAAUGGCGUGCCGUUUGUGCUUCAGGUGCGGUUCGGCGGUAAAGACGCUCAGGUUCCUGAUGUCAACAUCGUUACGUGCAUAGGAGAUACUUGGACGAUGUGGAAUGCAGAACGUAUGACGCUAUUGUUUGUUGGACCCGUCCUAUCUGAUGGUAUUAGUGCUAUGGCGCACGCUACGUCACCAGACAGUCUGUUGGUUGCAGCGGGCUCUUCCGUAUAUCGAUACGUGCGAGGACACGAAGUGGCCAAGUAUAAUACAAGUGUGGCAGAUGAGGGAAUCGAAGGCCAUGUGCUGUCGUCGAUGCUUGUGUUUGGUGACUACGUGUGCUCCCUUGCAGCGCACGGUUCGACGAUGUAUGUCUGGUCGCUGUUGACAACCGAGCUGCUUCAGGCCAUUGCACUGCCAAGCUCAAGCCAGGCGAGCUGCUUCGUGCACCCAGCUACCUAUCUCAAUAAGGUUGUGCUUGGAAUGACGGAUGGAUCGCUGCAGCUGUGGAAUGUGCGCACAGCCUCGUUGAUUCACACGUUCGAUGCUCUCGAUGUGCGAGGUGGCAAGAAAUCGACGAAUGUGACGGGCGUUGUGCACAUGACCCAGUCACCAGCUGUUGAUGUUCUUGCUGUGGCAUACACGGAUGGUCUUGUGUCGCUGUUUGAUGUCCGUGUGGGCGAAGCCCUCUUUUCGGUGCGUGUGGAAGGCGGACUGGCUUCAGGCUGCCUGGCUUUUCGUACUGAUCAUGUGGCACAUUUAUUGGCUGUUGCCACGCGGGCAGGCUCUAUUGUCCUCUUCGACUUGAACGCUGUGACUGAUACAGAUCAUGUUUCAGGUGGAGUGCCCCGUCUCUUGCAUUCGAUUCAGCAUGCCCACGACGGGGCUAUCGGCUCGAUUGAGUUUGUGCCUGGACAGCCUCUUCUCAUAUCUACUGGAGCAGACAAUGCUCUCAAGCAGUGGUUCUUCGAGUCACCAACUCUUCCACCCCGUGUCCUCAAGUCGCGAAGCGGACACGCCAUGCCGCCACACCUGAUCCGCUACUAUGGUGAUGAUGGUCGUGCCAUGCUUUCUGCAUCUCGCGAUCGCAGUUUGCGCUGCCUCAGUAUAGUCCGUGACAGUCGGUCUUUCGAACUGAGUCAGGGGUCCAUCGAGAGCAAGUCACAUAAACUCGCUGUGGAGGCGUCUUCUUUGAAACUGACACCUACAACGUCCCUGUCCUACAGUACGCUUCGUUCGCGAGACUGGGAUGACGUGCUGACAACGCAUGCUAAUGAUAAGCAUGCGCACACGUGGACGGUGCGGAACAAGCACAUGAACCCAAACACUUUGAAUGUGGCUCGCUCGAAAAGGAGUUCAGCUGUGGCGACGACGAGCUGUGUGAGUGCAUGUGGCAACUUUGCCUUGGUGGGCACGAGUGAUGGUCGCGUUGAAAUGUACAAUAUGCAGAGUCAUAUUCACAGGCGCACGUUUCACACGGAGAGCUCUGUACCAGUUUCGGACAUUUGCUGUGAUGCUUUGAACCAAGUGUGUUUGGUGAGCACGCAAGAUGGUGUGCUGCAUUACUUCGACUUUUUCUCUGCCCAAAAAGUAGCGACAGAGUCUAUGCCCGCAGGGUGCUCAGGACUUCGUCUUCAUCGCGAGUCGAACCUGGUGGCUGUCUUGACGGAUGAUCUUGUCUUAUCGAUUCUUGAUCUUGAGACGCGGCGAGUGGCACGUCGGUUCACCGGCUUCCGUGGGCGUAUUCUGGACGCAACAUUCUCAGCAGAUGGUCGCUGGAUAGUGGCUUGCAGCACUGACAAUGUCGUCCGUACGUUUGACAUUGCUACGGCUCAGCUGAUUGAUGCUUUCCAUACGCCUAGUAUGGCCACCAGUGUUUCCUUUUCGCCAGCAGGCGACUUUCUCGCCACGGCCCACGUUGACAGCUUGGGGGUGCAUUUGUGGGUGAACCGCGCACAGUUUAUGUCCGUGGCGCUUCGUGCACUUGAUAUGGGGAACGUGCAAGAGGAGCGCGAGGCGACACUGCCGACGGUGCAAGGCAAUACGAUUGACGCGUGUGGACCGACUGAACUCGACGUCGGUGAGCCUGAGCUCCAGCGUACCUAUACAAGUCCUCCACAGCUGGGCGAUGUUGAAAAGCCGCUUGUUACGCUCAGCACAAUGCCUCGUGCUCGGUGGAUGACACUUCUCCACCUCGAUACCAUCCGACGACGUAACAAGCCUACUGAGGCGCCGAAGAAACCAGAGAAGAUGCCCUUUUUCCUCGAUGCUGCACCGACGUCAAGCUCACUCGAUGGGCCACAACAAGACCGUGAGCCACUCGAAUCGGCCCGCCAGAUUGAUCUGGUCUUUGAAUCCGACAUGGAGCGCCGCCUACGUGUGGCUGUGGAUGCUUGUGAUGUGGGACCGCUAUUUACUUACUUACACACGCUGUCCGCGCCUCAACUGGACCUCGAGAUACGCAGUCUGGUGUCAGUUCAGCAACAAACACUGUUUCUGCAGGCGCUCGCUUUGCGGAUGCGAUCCAAGCUAGACUUUGAGGCUGUGCAGGCUAUGCUCCAGGGAUUCCUCGCGUGUCAUGCAGAGGAACUCCAGGCGCAGGGUGUGCAUCCUGAGCAUCCAGACGAGGAUGCCAUGACGGACGAGGCUGGUGCGCAGUUAGCCCUGGCGCUGCGUGACGUAUUAGUCGAGCAGCGCAAAGAGGGCGCACGUCUCAUCGAUGAACUCGACUAUUGCUUGGGAACAUUGUCGUUUUUGCGGCAUGUGCCACUUACUUCGAUCUAG